CCGACGAUUAUAUAAAAUCUAGUGAGCAUUAUACCAGGUCAUUGCCAGUCCAAAAAGAGGGAAAACAGAGGGACUCUUUUUGGAACGUGAAAAGUAGUUGAAUCUCGCCGCCGUCAUCGGAUUCUUCCACCGCCGCCGUCGCCGUCGGUAAACAAGAUGUCGUCGGGAAGAUACAUGGCUUAUUCACCAUCUCCAUCUGCUCCUCAAUCUCCUCAUAUCGCCGCCGGUCUUCGCUCUGCUUCUUCCGCUAUCGCCGAGCAAGAGAAGUAUCUCUCAGAGUUACUUGCAGAACGCCAAAAACUCAGCCCAUUUCUGGCCGUCCUUCCUCAUUGCUAUCGAUUGCUGAAUCAGGAACUUUUGCGUGUAACUACACUGUUGGGGAAUGCAUCAGUUUUAGAUCAAAAUGGGCUUGAACAUGCUAGCCCCCUGGCUUCAGGAGGAAUGUUUUCAAAUGGAGGAGCUAAUGUGGACAGAUGGGCAUCACCAUUUCAAUCAGAAAUAUCAGGUUUAAUGCACUCACCGUCGACUCAAAACUGGCUUAAUACUCAAAGUAACUCAUCAGGUCUUAUAGUGAAGCGAACACUCAGAAUUGAUAUACCGGUGGAUCAAUAUCCUAGUUACAAUUUUGUGGGCCGCCUCCUGGGCCCUAGAGGGAACUCUCUAAAGCGAGUGGAAGCUACUACUGAAUGCCGGGUUCUGAUAAGAGGACGCGGAAGCAUCAAAGAUCCAGUAAAGGAAGAAAUGAUGAGAGGCAAACCGGGGUAUGAGCACCUGAAUGAGCUUCUUCAUGUUAUUGUGGAAGCUGAACUGCCAGUGGAGAUCAUUGAUACUCGGCUAUUGCAAGCACGUGAGAUAUUGGAAGAUCUUCUCAAGCCUAUGGAUGAGUCUCAGGAUUUCUACAAAAAACAGCAGCUACGUGAACUUGCAAUGCUGAAUGGUACACUUCGUGAAGAAGGUUCUCAAAUGUCUGGUUCUGUUUCCCCCUUCCACAACAGUCUUGGGAUGAAGAGGGCCAAAACCAGAGUGUGAUCAAUACCUUAUGUAGUGGGAUUUGGAGCUUGUGCAUUGAUACACACCACUAACCAGCAGGUCCUAUGCAACAGGUGUUGCUAUAAAAGUCAAACGCCUCGCACUGCCAUCGGGGCACUGGUGCUGUGCUGUGCCAGUUCUAACUUGUCUCUAUAAUGAUAUGAAGUGUGUUUACGUUCUGGUUGGGGAAGAUUAAGUAACAGUAAGCCAUAGUAGUGGACCGCGUUAGAGGUUUGCUUGAUGUCGACAGGUGGUUUGUCCAGUGCAGUCUGUCUUGCCAACGUCAUUGUAUUAUUUCAUUAAUUUCUAGUUUGUGAUUUCAUGGUGUGGGAAUGCCUAUAAUGCUAGCGAGGCGUGUCUGUACUGAAAAAAAAAAAAAAAAAAAAGAGAAGGUGAGGUGAAAAUCUAUGUUUACAGCGUCUCUGUGGUCUCUAGUUGGCGCCUUUUCUGCUCUCUUUUGGAACAUUAUCUAGUAUUUUAGGAGAGCAUUCUUCUUAAUUUUGUGGACAUCUAAGCACCUGAUAAUCAUGUAUUUAGUGGUCUGAGCUCAGUUUCUGCUUUG